AUGGAGAAAUCCAAAAACUUUCGGAUUGAUGCGCUGCUGGCGCACGAAGCGGAGCAGAGGACGGACAGAGACGGUGCGUCCCCCGGGUUGUACUUCAGCAGGAGCCCCGCAGACAGUCCGGAGUCCCCCCGCGGCUCGGAGCCGCCCUCCCCGCAUCGGAGCCCCGCAAACUGCCCUCCGGCGCAGCAGGUCCUGUCCAAGUCCCACCUCUUCAACCUGCCCCACGCGGGGUUCACGGCCCUGCACCAAGUGGGGCUGAUCGGGAUGCACCCGGGCUCCAUGUACCCGCUGACGGCCCUCGGAGGCCAGCACCCCGGCUUCAUGUACCCAAACUUUACGCAGCUGGUCCAGCCGUACCCCGAGCAGCUGAAGGGGGCCUCGAUGACCGGAGCGCUCCCGCUGGAGCCCUGGAUCAGAGCCGGGAUCAUGAUGCCCAGACUCGGAGAAUAUACUGCUCCAGUUCAGGCAGGUCUGUUGGGAAAGUGUCGGCGGCCCCGGACGGCUUUUACCAGCCAGCAGCUGCUGGAACUGGAAAACCAGUUCAAGCUCAACAAAUAUCUAUCCAGGCCUAAGCGCUUUGAAGUGGCCACUUCUCUCAUGCUGACAGAGACUCAGGUCAAGAUCUGGUUCCAGAACAGGCGCAUGAAGUGGAAGAGAAGCCGCAAAGCGAAGGAACAGGUGGCUCCAUCUCUGACUGACACAGACUCAACUGGGAUUGAUACGCAGAGCAUUAAGUCUCGCGGGGGCUCUCACAGCCUUGAUGAUGAAGAGGAGAUAGAAGAUGAGGAUGAAGAGGACAAAGAGGAGAUACAGGUCUUGAGCAGCGGGUCUUUGAGCUCUGCGGCCUUCACACGGCACAUGGGAGGAGUCACAGGGAAUUACAGCUCUUACUCAGAGGAGGAAAUGGAGGAAGGAGGCCUGGGAACAAGACGAGGGGCUUUCCCAUAA